AAGAGAAAAAAAGAAUUGGACCACAAUUUCCUAAUAUUCUCCAAUUUUUUAUAUUUAUUUUAUUUUAUUUUACUUUCUCGCUCCACCACAAAUCUGCCUAUUGUGACCCCUCUCCUCUGCUAUUUCUCUCCGGUGCAUACCGGAUGCGCAUGGAGAUAUCGUACGCGUCAUCAAGCUCACGCGACCUCACCACCACCACAACCACCACCUAUCCGUCAUCUUCCGGAUCCUCCAUGCCGACAUCCACAACCCGACCCAUUAAGAUUAUACCACUGCAACAUCCUAGUACGACGUCGUCUUUAUCUUCCACCACUACUACUGCUGCCUCUGCUUGGUUCUCCCGAUGGACAAUGAAAAUUAAACGCAUGUCCUUUACUGGAUGGGUCGAAACGUUGUUCCCUUGCUGCCGUUGGAUUAGAACUUAUAAAUGGAAAGACUAUUUUCAAGUUGAUCUUAUGGCUGGUAUUACCAUCGGUAUUAUGCUCGUGCCGCAGGCAAUGUCUUAUGCAAAGUUAGCUGGACUUCAACCAAUUUAUGGACUUUACACUGGUUUCGUGCCAGUAUUUGUGUAUGCCAUAUUUGGGUCAUCUAGGCAACUGGCAACUGGUCCUGUGGCAUUGGUCUCUCUGCUAGUCUCUAAUGUUUUAACUGGAAUUGCUGAUCCAUCCGAUGCUCUAUACACGGAACUUGCAAUACUAUUGGCACUUAUGGUUGGAGUUCUGGAAUGUAUCAUGGGGCUUUUGAGGCUUGGGUGGCUUAUACGCUUCAUCAGCCAUUCUGUGAUUUCUGGCUUCACAACUGCGUCAGCCAUUGUGAUUGCAUUAUCUCAAGCAAAGUAUUUUUUGGGAUAUGAUAUAGUACGGAGUAGCAAGAUUGUGCCAUUGAUUAAGAGCAUAAUAUCUGGAGCAGACAAGUUCUCAUGGCCUCCUUUUGUGAUGGGAUCUAUCAUUCUUGCUAUCAUUCUGGUCAUGAAGCAUUUGGGAAAAUCAAGGAAGCAAUUCAAGUUUCUUCGAGCAGCGGGACCCAUCACAGCUGUCGUUUUGGGUACAACUUUUGUGAAAAUAUUUCACCCGUCCUCCAUUUCUUUGGUAGGAGAGAUACCUCAGGGUCUUCCAAGCUUCUCUAUUCCCAAAGAAUUUGGGUAUGUAAAGUCCUUGAUCCCAACAGCAAUUCUUAUUACUGGUGUAGCCAUAUUGGAAUCUGUGGGGAUUGCAAAAGCUUUGGCAGCAAAGAAUGGGUACGAGCUGGAUUCAAGUCAGGAGUUGUUUGGUCUUGGUUUAGCAAAUAUCUGUGGCUCAUUCUUUUCAGCAUACCCCGCAACAGGUUCCUUUUCUAGGUCAGCUGUAAGUAAUGAAAGUGGGGCAAAGACUGGCUUAUCUGGAAUUAUUACUGGCAUCAUCAUAUGCUGUGCUCUUUUAUUCUUGACUCCAUUAUUUAAAUAUAUUCCCCUGUGUUCUCUGGCUGCAAUAGUAAUCUCUGCUGUGAUGGGCCUGGUGGAUUAUGAUGAGGCUAUCUUUUUAUGGCAUGUAGAUAAGAAAGAUUUUCUUCUUUGGACCAUUACUAGCACUACAACGUUGUUCCUAGGCAUUGAGAUUGGUGUCCUUGUUGGAGUUGGUGUAUCGCUUGCUUUUGUAAUUCAUGAAUCAGCAAAUCCACACAUUGCUGUUUUGGGGCGUCUUCCUGGCACCACUGUUUACAGAAACGUACAACAGUAUCCAGAAGCAUAUACUUACAAUGGAAUUGUGAUUGUUCGGAUUGAUGCACCUAUUUAUUUUGCCAAUAUAAGUUAUAUAAAAGACAGAUUAAGGGAAUAUGAAGUUGAUGUAGACAAAUCUGCCAGCCGCGGACCAGAAGUUGAAAGAAUUUAUUUUGUGAUUUUAGAGAUGGCACCUAUUACAUAUAUAGACUCAAGUGCUGUUCAAGCUUUGAAAGACUUGCAUCACGAGUACAAAUCACGAGAUAUCCAGAUUGCUAUAUCAAACCCCAAUCGAGAGGUCCUGCUGUCCUUAAUGAAAGCUGGUCUUAUGGACCUUAUUGGUAAGGAGUGGUACUUCGUGCGAGUCCAUGAUGCUGUUCAAGUUUGCCUUCAGCACGUUCAGAGCUUAAACCAGCCACCGAAGCGCCCAGAUCCGUCACUUGAUGAUAAAUCAAGCUUCUUCAGAAGGUUAUUGAAACAAAAAGAGGAUGAUUCAUCUGUUUCUGACUUGGAGUCAGGUGACAGGAACAUGUCAAUUUCAAAAAAUACUGAUCCCCAUUUGGAGCCAUUGUUAUCUCGGAAGCCUUGAAAUUCACUUGAUUUUUUUGAAGCAAACAUUCGACGCCCAAUUUUAUCAAAGGCAAUUCAUAAGCAACAUAUAGCAUUUGAUUUUUUUUUUUUUCCAGCUGGUAAGAUUUGAUUGUUAUAUUGUAAGUAGGGCUCAUUGUUGUCACAUUUUACUGUAAUUAGGCAUUUAAACAUUUUUCUAGCAAGGCUUGAUUGUUGCAGACUACAAUUAAUGUAUCAUUUUGAGGUAUUCUAUCUUUAAUGGAAAUUAGUCAAUUAUUACUCUUUA